GCCCUGCGGCGCGCCGGACGGUGGGCGGUCUGGCCAUGCUUCGCGCGGUGAGCGCUCUGGGUGCGCGGCCCAUGGGCCGGCCUCCAGCCCCGUUUCUGCUCCCCGCGCGCUGCCGCAAGACCCGCCACGACCCGCCGGCCAAGUCCAAGGUCGGGCGCGUGUCGACCCCACCCGCUGUGGAUCCUGCGGAAUUCUUCGUGCUGACGGAGCGUUACCGGCAGUACCGCCAGACGGUGCGCGCCCUCAGGCUGGAGUUCGUUUCCGAGGUGCGCAAGAAGAUGCACGAGGCCCGGACCGGUGUCUUGGCAGAGCGCAAGGCACGGGAGGACGCCGCUGAGCACCGCGAGCUGAUGGCGUGGAACCAGGCGGAGAACCAGCGGCUGCGCGAGCUGCGGAUGGCCAGGCUGCGGCAGGAGGCGCGGGAGCAGGAGCGGCGACAGGCGGAGGAGGAGGCCCGGCAGGUCCGAGAGGCGCAGGCUUGGGCUCAGCUCAAGGAGCGUGAAGUGCUGCAGCUGCAGGAGGAGGCAAAAAACUUCAUCACCCGAGAGAACCUGGAGGCGCGGGUAGAAGAAGCGUUGGACUCCCCCAAGAGCUACAAUUGGGCCAUCACCAGAGAGGGGCUGGUGGUCAGGCCACAGCACAAGGGCUCCUGAGGACCCAAGCCAAGCCCGCAAGUGCUGGUGCUGGCUGACCCGUUGCUGCUGCUGGAACUGCAGUGCCUGUGCAGGAAGGAACCCAGGAGCCACACUUAACCGCCUCCACUGCUGCUGCAGCUGCCAGAAGUACCAGAAGCUGAGGGGAAAUGUGGAUUUGCCGUUCCUCUGGCUUUAAAAACAUCUUUUGUCAGUGACUCCUAUGUUACUGUCAUAAUGGAAGCCAGCUGGCAAGGAAGGCUGGGAAAUGUGUGCAGGCCUCCAGCCUCCUGUGGAACUGAGAGCAAUGGUUGAAUAACCAGUACAAACCAAUUUUUUUAGAAGCACUGUUUCUCACAACUUACAGUAUUUAGAAUGGGAUAGGCAGAAUUGUUUUGUGGGGACUUCUUUAAAGUAAGGCGAAAUGAAAUUUGAGACAGUCAUAUAUUUUGGCAAUCAGGGAUUCACACUUUCUGAAAUUCUGCAAAAAUUAUCAAUAGCAAUAAACAGAGCAUAUCACUAGCUUGUUUUUUAAUCUGAAAAAUGUGAUACUUUCAAAUAUAAUUUUGUCUAAAAACAUAGUUUAAUUCUUUUAAUAAUAGACAAAUUUUAUUUGUCAAGAAGAGUUUCAUGUAAAAUAUCUCAAAAUUAUUGUUUGGCAAAGGUCAUUAAAAUACAUAUUUUUGAAAACAGUUUGUAAGCAGCUGUUCUAUAUACAUCUCUGUUAUCAUCAUUUAUCAGGAUUGUCACUUCUUUGUGUGAGACACAUGGUUUUUUCCCUCUGAAUAUUUUAUUGCUGCCUGUGACAUUCAGCACUUUGGAAAUUUUUUUAAAUGACAAAUUUCCCAGACAACAUAUGGACUGGAAGAAAAUAUUUGCAAACGAUGUGACCAACAAAGGCUUAAUUUCCGAAAUAUACAAACAGCUCAUACAACUCAGUAUCAAAAAAAAAGACAACCCCACCAAAAAAUGGGCAGGAAACUUAAGUAUACAUUUCUCCAAAGAAGACAUACAGAAGACCAACAGGCACAUGAAAAGAUGCUCAGCAUUGCUAAUUAUUAGAGAAAUGCAAAUCAAAACUACAAUGAGGGAUCACCUCAUACGGUCAGAAUGGCCAUCAUCAAAAAGUCUACAAAUAAAUCACUCGGCCCAUCGUAGGCCUUCAAUAAAUCAUCAUUCCCCCACAUUAAAAAAAAAAAGUCUACAAAUAAUACAUGCUGGAGAGUGUGUGGAGAAAAGGGAAUCCUUCUACGCUGCUGGUGGGAAUGUAAAUUGGUGUAGCCACUAUGGAGAACAGUAUGGAGAUUCCUUUAAAAACUAAAAAUAGAGUUGCCGUAUGAUCCAGCAAUCCCACUCCUGGGCAUAUAUCUGCAAAAGACGAGGACUCUAAUUAGAAAAGAUACAUGCACCCCAAUGUUCAUAGCAGCACUAUUUACAGUCUCUAAGACACAGACGCAACCUAAGUGUCCAUCAACAGAUGAAUGGAUAAAGAAGAUGUGUUGUACAUAUACAAUGGACUAUUACUCAGCCAUAAAAAAGAAUGAAAUAAUGCCAUUUGCAGCAAUAUGGAUGUACCUAGAGAUUAUCAUUCUAGGUGAAGUAAAUCAAAGACAAAUAUAUGAUAUCACUUAUGUGGAAUCUUAAAAAAUGAUGCAAAUGAACUUAUUUACAAAACAGAAACAGACUCAGACAUAGAAAGCAAUGUUACAGUUACCAAAGGGGAAAGGUCAGGGGGAGGGAUAAAUUGGGAGUUUGGGAUUAACAGGUACACACUACUCUAUAUAAAAUAACCAACAAGGACCUACUAUAUAGCACAGG